UCGCUCUCACUUUUCCCGCCACACUUCUUUUAGUUUUGACUAACUCCUUCCCACUCCUCGUCUCCUCAGCCGGGCCUCCCUCCGGCUUGCCCUGUCUCCCCCCCCUUUCUCUCCCCCCUCUCUUUCUGACUGGUGGUCUCGUCCAGCGCCGGCCAUAGCGACCAGCGCUGAGGGGGCUCAAGAUGGCGGCGGCGGCGGCGGCGAUUCGGCUUCCGUUGCCGCCGUGAAUGAACGCGGGGCUCCCGCUGGCCGCUGGGCGAUGUCGGACUCUGAGGAGGAGGAGGAGUGCCCCGACCGGCAGCUCAAAGUUGUGGUGUUGGGCGACGGCACCUCCGGCAAGACCUCUUUAGCCACACGCUUUGCUCAAGAAGCUUUUGGGAAGCAGUACAAACAAACCGUAGGACUUGACUUCUUUUUGAAAAGAAUCACACUGCCAGGAAAUGUAAAUGUUUCUCUUCAAGUAUGGGAUAUAGGUGGCCAAACAAUAGGAGGCAAGAUGUUGGAUAAAUAUGUCUAUGGUGCACAGGCUGUCCUUCUGGUAUAUGAUAUCACCAACCAGCAGAGCUUUGAAAACUUGGAAGAUUGGUAUAAUGUUGUAAAGAAGGUCAGUGAAGAGUCAGAAACUCAGCCGCAUGUGGCACUGAUAGGCAAUAAAAUUGAUUUGGAGCAUCUGCGGACAGUCAAGGCUGAUCGACAUCACCGUUUCUGUCAGGAAAAUCGUUGUAGCAGCCAUUUUGUGUCAGCCAAGACAGGUGAUUCUGUCUUCCUGUGUUUUCAAAGAAUUGCUGCCGACAUCCUCGAUGUCAAAUUAAACAGAGCAGAAAUAGAGCAAUCACAGAAGGUGGUGAAGGCAGAUAUUGUAAACUACAGUCAGGAGCCCGUGUCAAGAACAGUUAACUCUCCUAGAAGCUCGAUGUGCACAAUUCAGUGAAUGUUUUCUUUUUUUGUAUUUAUCUCCUUUGGCAGCAGUGCUACCCUCGCACAGGCUUGUUGUUUUAACGGUGAACAUUUCUGUAACGUAGUUAGAGGUUCCAACAUCUUACUACCCAUUUGUGAGUCGACAAACAGCAGGCAGUUUCUUUGACUAGCCAAGAUUCGAAUGUUUGGGGCCACACACUUUGCAAAAUCAAGAUAGAUGCCUAUAUUAUGAAUUAUAUUUAAGUAAAACGGUGUAACUAUGUAUACAGAUGUCCUUUUACAGAUAUUGUCAGAAAAAAUGUAUAAAUUAUACUACAUGAAAAGCGAUGCUGGAAAUAAACUAAUGGAAUUAAAAUA